GAUCUGUUUCAGUAUCAAGUUCUUCUAGACAGCAUAACUAGACCCACAAUGUGGCUGGUUUGGGUGGUGAUAAUCCAACAAGCAGUGAUCUCAGAAAAAUCUAUCAAUGGAAGACAUUUGAAUCCUGAACUUUUGAUGAACAUUAGUGAAAUAAUUCAAUACUGGGGAUACCCUAGUGAAGAGUAUGAAAUCAUGACAAGUGAUGGCUAUUAUCUCAAAGCAAACAGAAUUCCUAAUGGAAUACACAGCGGUGAAAAAACAGUGACCUUUCUGGUGUUACACACUCCAGUACAUGCUUGUUAGUUAUAUUUGAUGUCCAAGGAAUAUGCAGUAGUCUUCUCCACCAGCACCACUGCUAAAAUGAUUUGAUUUUCUUCUUGUCUUGCUUUUUUAAGGUCC